CUCCGAGGCCUAUUCAUUCGUUGUUUAUCAGGUGUAUGAAUGUGUGUCUGUACUUGAGUUCUAAGAAUUUGGACCUGAAUCGAAAGCAAAAAAACCCUAGAAAAUCCACUAUCAACGAAGAAUCCAGAUGUUCUAUUUCGAUUCUCAGAGAUGGAGUCCCUAUUAAUCAGAGCUCACCUACAGCUCUCCAUGUCCUGCCACCGAAGGGUGUUGUUUCACCAAGCCAGACCAUUUUACUUUCUGGUGAUUCUGAUAUGUACCCUUUUCUGCAUUGCUGCAUGUGGACUGUGUUCCAUAAAUGGGAUGCCGAGUUCCGUGGAAUAUGAUUUGUGUGAGUCCUGCACAGAUAAUUAUAAUCCAGGGUUUCAGGAUGCAUAUGUUCGUGAUGUAAGUUCAGGGUGUGUUUCGGGAAUGGGCCACCUAAGUCUUGAGAAUGUAUGUAGCAAUUCGAAUUUGUUCUGCUUUCCUUCUACAUUGCCGGGUUUUUUGUGUAAAGGAUGUAGUCCUGAAUCAACUGUUCUAGAGGUGUCUCCAGUUCAGCCUGGUGCUAAAUUACCUGAAGGAUCAACUCAAGCGAGAAAUAACUUAAGUUGGUCAUUGGACUAUGGUAUGUUUAAGUUAUUAAGUGGACGGGCUGUUUCUUGUUCUUUGAACUCCCAAGAUGAAAUCCACGACAUCUCAUCUCUUCAAACAAGUAAAGGUAAUCAAAACUAUGUUUCUUCAUGUGGAGGACCUUUUGGUAAUCAGAAGAGCCCAAGUCCCAACUUGAACGAGAACUCUGAGAUGAAGAUGAUCAAAUCGGGAUUUUUGGAUGGUUCUCUGUCACCCAAUGUUGAAAUAAGCCCUCCUCUACUUGACUGGGGACAGAAAUAUUUAUAUUUUCCUUCGUUUUCUUUUUUAACUGUGGCAAAUACACACAGCGACAGCAUUUUAUGCAUAUACAAACCUUUCAGUACCAACACACAAUUUUAUCCUUGCAAUUUUAGCGAGUUGUUUCUGGGACCGGGUGAAGUUGCUUCAAUUUGUUUUGUGUUUUUACCUACAUGGUUAGGUAUGUCCUCAGCUCAUCUGAUCUUGCAGACAAGCUCCGGUGGUUUCUUGAUCCAGGCUAAAGGUUUUGCUGUCGAGUCCCCUUAUGGGCUACGGGCUUUAGCAGGCCUGGAUGUUUCCUCCGGUGGAAGGUGGACUAAGAAAUUUUCUUUGUUUAAUCCUUUUGAUGAAACACUCUAUGUGGAGGAAGUAACUGUGUGGAUAUCAGUUUCGAUAGGGAAUACUUCACAUUUGUCAAAGGCAAUCUGUAGAAUAGAAAAUUUUCAAGGUUCUGAAGAGCAUAGUGUGCUGCAUGCCAAAAGUGGUCAAGUUGACUCGCCACAAAUGGCAAUGGGGCCUUAUAGAAAUUGGGAUAUUGGUCCUGGUAGCACUGAGGCCGUCAUAGAGAUAGACUUCACAUAUUACGCUGCAGGAAAAAUUUCUGGUGCAUUUUGUAUGCAGUUGCUUAGGCCUUCUCAAGAUAAGUCAGAUACAAUUGUGGUUCCUCUUGAAGCAGAACUAGGUGGGGAAUCGGCCAAUGAUCUUAUAGAUGCUGUUUCAGUAUCGCUUGAGACUCUACUGCCAUGCGAUUCCAGUGAUACUGUUGUUGUUGCUCUCUUGCUGAGAAAUGGCACUCCUCAUCUCUUGAAUGUUGUUAAGAUUAGUUUAAUUGGAGAAAGCACAAAGCUUUUCCAGAUUAAAUACAAGGAAGGCUUAAUACUUUUUCCUGGCACCGACACACAUGUAGCUGUGGUUAGUUAUAUUCCCCUGCCCAUUGGGUUACAUGACUAUCCAUCUGAAAGUCCGGAUAUAAACUGGAAUUGUAAAUUAGUGAUACUGACAAAUGACUCAAGUAAUCCUCAGAUUGAGAUGCCCUGCAAGGAUAUAGUCAGUAUUUGUUCAAAAUUAGAUUCCUAUCUUGAGUAUGAGCAACAGUCUGGAAAUGCAGAAAAUGCCAAUGCAAGAACAGGAUCUUUACUCAGCGGCGUGCAGUCACCAUCAUUGAUCAAGGAAAUGGAGGCAGCAGAACCAGAUGAAUUGGUACUAGGAAACUGGAAAUCUCAAGGUACUGCCAGCAGCAUGUCUGUGCUUGACAAUCACGGGGUUGUGUUCCCGAUGGUUCAGAUUGGAACUCAUCACUCUGAGUGGAUCACUGUAAAAAACCCAAGCGAACAACCAGUUGUAAUGCAGCUGAUCCUGAAUGCAGGUGAAAUUAUCGAUGAGUGCCGGGCCCCAGAUGGGCUUUUACAGCCCUCUCUAUCCAGUGGUUUGGUUCUUAGUGAAAAUACAUCACCAACAAGGUAUGGGUUCUCAAUAUCAGAGAAAGCACUGACAGAGGCUUAUGUCCAUCCUUACGGUACAGCAUCUUUUGGGCCAAUAAUUUUUCACCCUUCGAAUCGAUGUGGGUGGAGAAGUUCUGCUUUGAUAAGGAACAAUCUUUCUGGUGUGGAGUGGUUAUCUUUGCGGGGAUAUGGAGGGUCAUUUUCUUUGGAUUUGUUUGAAGGGUCUAAGCCUAUUCCAAGUUUAGAAUUUAAGUUCAACUUGCCAAGCCGUCUAAAUUUGUCUCCUCCUGAAAUGUCCCAUCACAAGGAAGAAACCACUCAUGCCUGUUCCAAGCCAUUGUCGAAAGAGCUGUAUGCAAAGAACACGGGGGACCUUCCACUGGAGGUCAGGAGAAUUGAGGUUUCUGGGACAGAAUGUGAGUUAGACGGGUUUGUUGUGCAUACUUGCAAAGGUUUUGCUCUUGAACCUGGUGAGUCCACAAAGCUUCUGAUAUCAUAUCAGGCAGAUUUUUCUACAGUCAUGGUACAGAGAGAUCUUGAACUGGCCUUGGCUACUGGUAUUGUUGUGAUCCCUAUGAAAGCAAGUCUCCCUCUAAACAUGCUCAAUUUGUGUAAGAAAUCAAUGUUUCGGAUGCAAGUGCAUAGAAUCUUCUUUGCGAUCCUUCUUGCUGCUUUUGUGAUGUUUCUUAUACUUUUUUGCAUCCUCCCCCAAUUGAUGGGCUUAGGCUACUUGGAUUACUUGUUCAAGAGUGGGAAAAGCUCCAUUGCCACUGUUGGGCGUGUGGGGAAAUCUUCUUGUAUGCAUUUCAACACAAAGAAUGGUAAUAAGUUUUCCAUAUCCUCUAAAAUGAAUGGCUUGUUAAGGUCAGUUGGAGAAGAGGAAACCUCAAUGCUUGAAUCUGUCAAUAGAUAUCCUGAUGGUGAAGUUGUUGCUUCAAAACAGGGGAUAACUGCUCUGCAUCUUAAUCCAACUGUUGAAAAUCAGAGACAAACUCAAGAGGAAAUGGCAUUUGGAUCUUGUAUCCUGCAAGAGUCUAGCACAGUUGAGAACUCUGAUGUUCGGGAAGCAUCAAAAGUCGGUAAACUCACAGUUAGAAUUGGAAAAGAAAAGGGUAGAAGGAAAAGGAAGAAAAAGUGUUCGGGAACAGGAUUAUCUGGAAUCUUUGACGUUGCAAGCAGUCAAAGUGGUAAUUCUACACCUUCAUCACCCUUGUCCCCAGUCACAUCUUUUACACCUAAACGGUUGUGGCCACAGUCUUAUGAGGCAGGUCAAUCAGUUGAGUCUAGUAAUCAGUUUGGGCAAGUGGUUGAUCAACCCUGUGGGAAGAGUUCAGGUGUAGAACCUGCAUCAAAGGCAAACAUAUUGGAGCCUAAGGUUUCUGUCAAGUAUUCCAAUAAAAGUUGUUUUUUCUUUACCCAAGAGAAGCCCUCUGCACCAAGAAAGAUGCCCGGAAAAUCUGUUUUGUUGCCUUCUGCAACCUUCCCUUGCACUGGUAGGCCUUCGACUUCUACAAUUGCUCCACAUGCCCGGGCUCCUGGAUCCAAACUUUACAACCAGAAAACAGUUAAUUUAGAAGAAGCGACAGGGCUUGAGGAUCAAUUUAGGUAUGAUAUCUGGGGUAACCAUCUUUUUGGACUACAUUUAAUGGGUAGGUCAAAGGAGGUCUCUACCAUGACCUCUAGUGCUACAGAAAGCCAUUCUGAUAGCUUCUUUGUAAGGGGUCCACAAACCCUUUUGACAAAACCUCAACCAAACUCUGUAAGUUCUUCUCAUCUGGAGGGUUAAUGAUAAGAUACUUGGAAAAUUAUGUAUGUUAGAUGCAGCUUCAAGUCUUUUUUACAUGCAGUUUUAAAGUUUUCUCAAUCAUAUAAGGAAAAAAAAUGGAAAAGGAAAUAUUUUAUUUAAACAGUCA